GCUGACCUUUGAGGAGGAAAUCGCUGCUCUCUGCUCCUUCCUGUAGUAACAGCCGCCGCCGCCGCCACCGCCACCGCUGCCGCCUCCCCCGGGAGUCCGGACCCCGAGCAGGAGCCGCGCGCGCAGAGCCGAGCUCGCCGCCGGAGGGCUCGGCCUCACCAGGUGAAGGGCCAUGGCGGGCUGGAUUCAGGCCCAGCAGCUGCAGGGAGAUGCACUGCGCCAGAUGCAGGUGCUGUAUGGACAGCACUUCCCCAUCGAGGUCCGGCACUACUUGGCACAGUGGAUUGAAAGCCAGCCAUGGGAUGCCAUUGACCUGGACAAUCCCCAGGACCGAGCCCAAGCCGCCCAGCUCCUGGAGGGCCUGGUGCAAGAGCUGCAGAAGAAGGCGGAGCACCAGGUGGGGGAAGAUGGGUUUUUGCUGAAGAUCAAGCUGGGGCACUAUGCCACGCAGCUCCAGAACACAUAUGACCGUUGCCCCAUGGAACUGGUCCGCUGCAUCCGGCACAUUCUGUACAAUGAACAGAGGCUGGUCCGAGAAGCCAACAAUUGCAGCUCUCCUGCCGGGAUCCUGGUUGACGCCAUGUCCCAGAAGCACCUUCAGAUCAACCAGACCUUUGAAGAGCUGCGACUGGUCACACAGGACACAGAGAAUGAGCUGAAGAAGCUGCAGCAGACCCAGGAAUACUUCAUCAUCCAGUACCAGGAGAGCCUGAGGCUCCAAGCUCAGUUUGCCCAGCUGGCCCAGCUGAACCCCCAGGAGCGCCUGAGCCGGGAGACAGCCCUCCAGCAGAAGCAGGUGUCCCUGGAGGCCUGGCUGCAGCGGGAGGCACAGACACUGCAGCAGUACCGCGUGGAGCUGGCCGAGAAGCACCAGAAGACCCUGCAGCUGCUGCGGAAGCAACAGACCAUCAUCCUGGAUGAUGAGCUGAUCCAGUGGAAGCGGCGGCAGCAGCUGGCCGGGAACGGAGGGCCCCCCGAGGGCAGCCUGGACGUGCUGCAGUCCUGGUGUGAGAAGUUGGCCGAGAUCAUCUGGCAGAACCGGCAGCAGAUCCGCAGAGCCGAGCACCUCUGCCAACAGCUGCCCAUCCCUGGCCCAGUGGAGGAGAUGCUGGCMGAAGUCAAYGCCACCAUCACAGAUAUCAUCUCUGCCCUGGUCACCAGCACAUUCAUCAUUGAGAAGCAGCCCCCUCAGGUCCUGAAGACGCAGACCAAGUUUGCGGCCACCGUGCGCCUGCUGGUGGGCGGGAAGCUGAAUGUGCACAUGAACCCCCCCCAGGUGAAGGCGACCAUCAUCAGYGAGCAGCAGGCCAAGUCCCUGCUCAAGAACGAGAACACCCGCAACGAGUGCAGUGGCGAGAUCUUGAACAACUGCUGUGUCAUGGAGUACCACCAAGCCACGGGCACCCUCAGCGCCCACUUCAGAAACAUGUCGCUGAAGAGAAUCAAGCGCGCUGACCGACGGGGUGCAGAGUCUGUAACAGAGGAGAAGUUCACGGUCCUGUUUGAGUCUCAGUUCAGUGUUGGCAGCAAUGAGCUUGUGUUCCAGGUGAAGACCCUGUCCCUCCCUGUGGUUGUCAUCGUUCAUGGCAGCCAGGACCAUAAUGCCACCGCCACUGUGCUGUGGGACAAUGCCUUUGCUGAGCCGGGCAGGGUGCCAUUUGCUGUGCCUGACAAAGUGCUGUGGCCACAGCUGUGUGAAGCUCUCAACAUGAAAUUCAAGGCCGAAGUGCAGAGCAACCGCGGCCUGACCAAGGAGAACCUCGUGUUCCUGGCGCAGAAACUGUUCAACAGCAGCAGCGCCCACCUCGAGGACUACAACAGCAUGUCGGUGUCCUGGUCCCAGUUCAACAGGGAGAACUUGCCAGGCUGGAACUACACCUUCUGGCAGUGGUUUGACGGGGUGAUGGAAGUGCUGAAGAAGCACCACAAGCCUCACUGGAACGACGGGGCCAUCCUAGGUUUUGUGAAUAAGCAACAGGCGCAUGACCUGCUCAUCAACAAGCCCGAUGGCACCUUCUUAUUGCGCUUCAGCGACUCGGAAAUCGGGGGCAUCACCAUUGCCUGGAAGUUUGACUCUCCCGACCGCAACCUGUGGAACCUGAAACCAUUCACCACGCGGGAUUUCUCUAUCCGAUCCCUGGCUGACCGACUGGGGGACCUGAACUAUCUCAUCUACGUGUUCCCUGACCGCCCCAAGGCUGAGGUCUUCUCCAAGUACUACACUCCCGUUGUAGGGGGCAAGGCGGUGGACGGGUAUGUGAAGCCACAGAUCAAGCAAGUGGUCCCAGAAUUUGUGAACGCAAAUACAGACGCUGGGGCCAGCGCCACGUACAUGGACCAGGCCCCCUCCCCGUCUGUGUGUCCCCAGGCUCACUACAAUAUGUACCCACAGAACCCGGAUCCCGUCCUCGAUCAGGAUGGAGAAUUUGACUUGGAUGAGACCAUGGAUGUCGCCCGGCACGUGGAAGAACUCUUACGCAGGCCCAUGGACAGUAUGGACCCCCGCCUCUCCCCGCCUGCUGGUCUCUUCACCUCUGCCAGAAGCUCCCUGUCAUGAAUAUUUGAAUGCCACGCUUCUCUUUGGAAACAGUAUUCAAUGUGGAGACUCCGUUCCAGUUGUGGUCGCAGCACUGCUGUGUGUACUGAUGCCUUUGUGUGCAUGCGUUUGGGUACGAGGUGUGCCCACCUCGCCCUUGAGUGGCUGAAGCAGUGGUGGCCUUUUGGUUCAGAUCAAGACCUCCAGGAGCCCARUGGGUCUGUCUGUCUCAUGCAAGAGAUGGAGCUUCUGUCAUUGUAGGUACUCGUUGCAGGCAAACCUCUUCCUCUCAUGUCCUUUAUCUGCUGGUAGCUGUUAAAGUGAAAUUAUUCCAGAAAAGGAAAGGAGACAGGUAAAUGUUCUAAGCUGCAGUUUUACUCCUGAGCUAGAAGCUUCGCCCUCCUGAUGCCUGUGCCCAUAUAUGUACACAGAUGUGCAUCUGUCCCCAUGCACAUAUGGUGGUCUAACUGAUGCUUUCCCUCCAGAGGGAGGCGGAGGUUCAUUCUUGAUAUUUCAUAAUGUAGUGAAUGUGGACUCCAGGUUUUUGGUGAGCCCUCUGAGAGCAUGUCUAGGCCGGAGCCAUUUCCUAACAUAGUGAAGUGGGUUCAUUUGAACCAGAGCUAUUGGAGCUGCUCUGAGCACGUAGUGUCUUGGCCUCUUGUACUUGAGUCCAGGCUGUGGGGUUCCCUGCAAUAUCCCCUUUUCCAUCCUGCGCUGGGCUUCUUUCUUGCCUCUGUUUGCAACCUUGCUGAUGAGAAAGGAGGAAAAAAUUGUUUCAGGACAUGGUGGGUGAACAGAAGGCCUGAGAUUUGCAAGGCUGAUGCCAUCCCCUGGGGAGAGGGGAACUGCAGCAAGGGACAAGCUGCCACCUCCCAGUUGCUGCAGGCCCAUGGAGUCUAGAGUGAAGGGUUAGAACCGCUCCACUCUGCUAGGAGGUGGAAUCUGGAACAGGCCUCAUGUCCAGAGAAGGCCUAACUCCAGUCUCAAGUGCUCCUCCAAGGUUACAUGACACGCAGCCAGGGCAGCUGACAGCAGAGAUUGGGAGUCCCAGGUUUAAACCUCUCUGAAGGGAAGUGGGGACAGAAAGAUGGAUUCUUUUGUACUUUGUACAUAGACCACACAUUUGUGUAAACAGUGUU